UCCCAAACCAGAGCCACCGUCUCUAUACACCCCUUUUGCACCACGAUACUUGCUAAUUCUUCCGUUCCUGUUGUCCUUUCUUGGCUACUAAAUCGGGAAACUCAUCAUCCACCAUCUUAUACUCCCCAUUCCUCGCUCGCCACACCACCAUCAACAUUCCACCAUCCCCUGAGGACCGGCACCACAGGACAGAGCUCGCCUCCUCGCCAUAGCCCGCUUGAUCAGCUCGGUUCUCAUCUGAUCCGUAGAUCGGCCGGCCAUGGACAUGAGGAGGCGGUACGGCUCCAAGAGCAAUGCCCACCAGGGCGCGGCGGCCAGCAGCAGCUCGCCAGGCAAGCGCAGGGGGAAGGCGGCUCACGGCGGCGGCGGGAAGAAGAAGCCGCCGAUCAAGGUGGUGUACAUCGGCAACCCCAUGCGGGUGACGACCAGCGAGGCGGGCUUCCGCGCGCUGGUGCAGGAGCUCACCGGCCGCCACGCCGACCCGUACAAGUCCAACGGCAGCGGCAGCGCCGCAGCAGUCGACGCCGACGACAGCAGCGGGGGCAGCCCGGUGGGGCCGCAGGCGGGCGCGCUGCCCAGCCCCGUCAGCACCCCGUCGUUGGACGCCGCCUCGGCCGCCGGUGCGGCGCAUGCCUCGGUGCCGGCGGCUUACGACGACGACGACGAGGACAGCUUCGCGCCGCAGCUGAUCGACAACAGCUACUCCGUGUUCUCGCCGCCGACGUUCCUCUACGGCCCGCACGGCGACGGCGAGCUGUGAUCCCAACCGCGUGGGUAAGGGGUAACCUGACGAUGUAUGCGUGUAUUGCAUCACGCAUGAUGAUGAUCUGUAUCGUAUGUGCGCGUGCUGGCUAGAUCCUAGGCAAGUAAUAGAACUGAACUUUAUUUGUAGCUCCAAAAGCAUUCUCUUGUCACACACUGCCACCGGCGAAGUGUGUAUGGUGUGGGCGCCACAUAAUCCAAUCUGCAAUUCUGCACAGGGGUUUUUUUA